UUUCAUUUAUGCACAUUGCUUACAUAAAUAUCACAACAGGCUAUCUUCCCAGGUAUGGUCUGCGGUAAAAAAAAAUAAAUAUCCCACGCAUUUAUUAAGGAAAGACGUAUCUAGCAAACGGCAACCGUUUCCCCUGGCGUUGGAUUUUAAUGAAGUUAUAUGAUCUGACGCAUUUGAAAAGAGAAAAAACUUUUUAGUUUCUGUAACCACAAUGUUAGUUUUAAUCAUAAAUUUUUUCAUCGCAUGACUUGCACUUUUUUAUUGCAUUCACAAAGCUAUAGAAGUUUUAAGACCGCCCAUUGGGAAGGAACUGUUCGCGUAUUCUUUCCAGCUCUCCGUCUCCAACCUCGAUGAGAAUGGCAUCUUGCGUACACGACUUGCGUAUUUAUGCCGGAUCCAACUUGGUGUAAACGGCUGUUUCGAACACGGAGUUAUUGAAUCGAGGAAAAGUCUUGUCGGUGUAUCGAUUUGAGCCACAAUAUAUAUGUCAUAUUGCAAGGUGAAAGUGUUACGGCGACUUCGAACUGAUAAUUGUUUUUCUUGCUAAUAACGGAGCUUAUGAAUCGAAUCAUCAUAAACACCCCAGAGAUGAACGGAACCCUUAUUAAUAUGACAAGCAAUUCGGGCACCACCAGCGCCACCACAGGUCUACUUUUCACUACAGCGCCAUUAAUGGAAACGACAAUUUUCUCGUCGACAAAUUUCACCACUUCUGAACCUUCUUUGAGGGUGCGUACAAGUAAAAAUCCCGAAUUCCCCUUGUGGUUUGUCAUUGGCCUUGUUAUCUUGGGUAUACUUACGUUGUUGGGCAACGGUAUCGUCGUCUAUCUUGUGGCAGCAAGACCCAAACUUCGCUCGAAAACCAAUUUCAUGGUCAUGUCUUUGGCGUUCUCAGAUAUCGUCGUCGGCGUUGGAAUAGUUCCAUCGUUCUUGGCAUGCAUGUACGAGAAGUGCGAUAACCUGCUAACAAAACUAUUUUACGAUGCUUUUCUGUUCGUGUCCGUUUGCAAUUUAUGUUGCAUAACGUUCGAUCGCUUCUUGGCCGUCACUAGACCACUUCGCUAUCACACGAGGGUAACGCGUGGGGCAGUUAUCAAAGGGGUGGCACUUAGUUGGAUUAUACCAAGUGUAGUCGCGCUGAUACCAGUAACUUGGCAAUAUACGAACACGUCUUCUAGUGCUCGAAAAACAUACGACAAGAUUUACUAUACCGUACAAGUCGUCAUUUUCGUGUUUUGCCCUUGUCUCAUCAUGUUGAUCGUGUAUGCUGUUAUCGUGAACGUUGCAUGGAAACAGAGCCGGCACAUUCAUCACUUGAGAACAACCGUCAACAGUUCUGGUGUAGGACCUGAUAACGCUUCCGUGACAUCAACAAGAGAAGCAAAAGCAACCUUGAAAGUAUUCGGUACUGUCGUUCUCAUGUUCGUGGCGUGCUGGGCCUUCUCAGCUUUCCGUACUAUUGUCACGAUAUAUAACUUGAUGCGCGUUCCAGAAAACGCCAUCCACGUGUCCAGAUUACUGCUUGUUGCGAACAGCGCUGUCAAUCCUAUUAUCUACGCAAUGUGGAAGCAGGACAUCAAGAACGAGAUGAGAAGACUUCUUAGGCUGUAUUUGCCUGCAGUGAAGCCUUCGAUUACAUUGGCUGCUCGUCAGUGCAGUGCAAGUUCCACCAUGAAAUCUGUGACUUAUUUAAAAAGGAAGACUAAAAAUGGUGAUUUGAAAACAGGUGGCACUGCCGUGCAAAUGAAACCAGACUGUGAGCGGUCAAAGAGUGGUGUCGUCAACCACGGAUUGGGAAGUGUUGAAGAGAUCACCACUACUUUUGACAUGGCAACUUCGAUGCGACCUAGGCAAUCGGCUGCGUUCGGUAUUGAUAAUAUUGUACCGAAAAUAGAUGGGAUGGAAUAAGUUGGUGCAUCAAAACACGCAUCUUAUAUUUGAUUAGCAAACAAGAAUCCUCCAUUGCCUGUCGUGGAAAAAAGGAAUAAUUUUCACAAGAAUAUUCAGCAGCACAAGUCGUCAUUUCCGACAGGCGAGGGUGUUUGAAACUUGUAAUUUCUUUCAUUCUUUUUGCAUUAUUUGUACAAAGUGUUUGUAUCUUUGUUAUGUAUUGUAUUGAAGUAUGGAAUACGGAUCAUUGAUUACUGAUCAGACAACGGCAGUUUUGUGUUAAAGGGAGCAUCAAUUCGUUAAUAUAGUUACAUAUGCUCAAAAUGGUACCGGAAUCGUCAAACAUACAAAUGACAAGACAUUUAUGGUAUUUGCUAAUGAAUUCCUAUCCAGAAAUGUCAGAUUGAUUAUUCGGUAUAAAAAGGCCUAGCAUCAUAAAGUCUUGAGUAAUUUUUCUUAUUCAUACAAAUGUAUAUAAAUGAACUCUUAACCGUAUGGAAGUAUAAAUGAAUCUUAACAAAUGUAAAUGUAAAUGAACUCUUACGAAGUCAGGUUUCACAGUCCAGUUUGGUGAUGGAUUUUUUAAAGAUUUUCUGCACAAGAUUUUGAUUUGAGUUUUUUUAAACUCAACACAAGAUCACUAAAUUGGUCUUAAAUAUACGUUCUUACAAAAUUA